AUGAUAUUUGUGAAAACCCUUGAGGGUAGCACCCUCACGCUCGCGGCCGAGCCAUGCGACACCGUCUCCACGCUCAAGCUGAAGCUCGCCGAGUCGCAGGGAAUCCCCGUCGAGGAGCAGCGCAUCAUCAGCAACGGUUGUCAGCUCGAGGAUGACGAGGGCCUGAAUGAAGAAUCUACAUAUCACCUGUCCCUCCGAUUGCUCGGAGGUGCCAAGAAGAGGAAGAAGAAGGUCUACACGACUCCCAAGAAGAACAAGCAUAAGAGAAAGAAGGUCAAGCUCGCCGUCCUCAAGUUCUACGAGGUUACCGGAGAUGGCAUCAAGCGUCUGCGCAAGGAAUGCACCAACUGCGGAGGAGGAGUCUUCAUGGCCGCCCACAACAACCGACACACCUGCGGAAGAUGCCACGACACCCUGGUGGUCGAAGAGCAGCCAAAGGGCGGAAAGGGCAAGAAGAAG